ACAUCUGACAUGUGCCGAUCGAUCGGGGAUUUCCCUUUUCACUGGCUCCGCCCACAUCGGCUACGGCACAUUAACAAACAGCUGUCCUGUGGAUUAAAAAGUCCUUGAUUUAGGCUUUAGCCCGCAUGAUGGAAGUUCAGUCAACGUAUCCAGUUACUAAAAAGGGAGCUGUUCUACUUAAUGGAAAGCAUGUUGAUGUUGCCAUGACAACAUUUGAAGAUAGAUUGUUACUCAUUGUUACCCAGUAUCAAAAGCUUGGAACAUUGGUACAUGUUACUAGAGACAAUUUACCCUUAGACAAGAGGGAAGAAACAUACUCAACCCAGGUCUUACUUGGAAAUGAUGAGCCUGUGAUGCACGUCUAUGCAAGGAACAUUGCCAAACAUGUAUUAAAGAUCCAUCCCAAGCCUCUUCUAUUGAGUCUAGCACUGGAGGACUACACACCGGCAGUUAUGAAGGGCAUUGAGAAGGUCAUACAGGACUACGUUAUAUGAAUCUGUUGUAUUAGCUUGAAAGACAUUUGAUAGGGAUAAUAGACUGGUGGUGCAAACUGGUGAAAGGUGUCAGGUUAUUGGUGUCACACCUCUGUUACAUGAAGGUUAUGCAUUAAUCACUGGAGUACAGAGGCGUCGAUCCUGGGGGGGCAGGGGGGGCGAUCGCCCCACCAAUGAAAAUAUUGGGGGGGCAAACAUAUCAUUUUGCCCCCCCAAUAAUUCCGGAUAUACCGCCAAAAAAAACAAGAUUGUAAUGUUCAGCGAGCGAGAUUGAGAUUCACAACUCGUUCUUUAUUUAAAAUCGUGCUCAAAAUGUCCGCUUUUCAGAUUGGAAUAUAAAAAUUUUUAGCUCGCGCUUCGCGCUCGCAUCAUUUCUGUAGCAAAAACCCAUACUUUUCAUGAUUGAAUAGGUGAAUGUAAAUGUCCCAUUUUCAGUUUUAAGCUUCAAAAGAACUCCUGCUUCGAUUUGCAAUAAUCUUUUCUUGGAUAUAUAUCUUGUUCUUUAUCCAAAACUUCCAUUAAACUGUCAUUUUUUCAGAUCGAAAUAUCAAAAUUUUCAGCUCGCGCUUCGCGCUCGCAUCUAUUCUUCUUUUAGAUACCAAUUUUGAUCAUUACUACCAAAAAUGCUUAGAAUAUCAAGCUUUCAGGUCAGAAUAUAAAGAAAUUUCAGCUCACUCUCGGCACUCGUACUAUCUGUGUAGUGAGAUAUGUAUCCUCCUCAUGAGUUACAAACAGCCCUAAACAGGCACGCUUUUCCUGUCAGUAUGCUAAAAAAAAAUCAGCUCGCGCUUCGCGCUCACAUUGUUGGUGAGAUACGUGUCUGUGUCUCAUGAGUCAUAUUUAUAUAUAUAUAUAUAUGUGUGUGUGUGUGGGGGGGGGAUGGAUGGGUGUCUUAUACGAUCGAGCGCCUUUGGAACGUUAAUGAUUUUGCCCCCCCAAUCUGAAAAAUGGAUCGACGCCCCUGCUGGAGUAUACUGUCAUGAUGGGCAGUGAAAAAGUUUUACAGGGCCUUGGAAUAUGAAAUUAUUGUAUUCUCGAAGGAAUGCACUUCCAAGCUUGUUAGUAUAGUCUUUGUGGACUCUGUUGCAUCAGGCCUUGUCAAAACGCUACUGUGGUGACUUUUGGGACAGAGUGCACCAUAUUUUGUGGUUUGGCCUAAAUAUCUGAAUACAGAGCUCUGUCGGAAGACCAAAUAUUCACAGCUUUGCAAAGAGUUGUAAUUGAUCCAAUCAACUUCAACUAUAUGGAAAUCCAUCCAUGUCAUAAUUUCUCUGACUGGAAAUUUGCACAAUUUCCUUUGCAAACAAAGAGGAAGCACACUGAAUUGUCAAAACAAUGAUAAAUAAGUAGGUAUACUUCAUUUCUAGAAAAUAUUAUGAACACACAUGUAUUUUAGAUGUUGACGUUGCUGGCUUUCCAUAGUUGUGGUUGAUCAGAUCAAAUGCAACGCUGUAAGACAGGGCCCAGAAGAGGGAACUAAAAUACUUUUUUUCAGUGGUUGGAUUUUUUUUUUAUGAGAAUAAUCACUAAACCCCAAAUUUGACAAUUUUAUGGAAUGUCGAAAUUACUGUUUCAUUUCAUAUGCAAAUUGGAGAACUUUAAUAGCAUGUGAAGAUUCACUCUCAAUUUUUAAAGAAAAAAAUGGAGCAGUGAAAUAGUCAUGUUGCAAAUUGUAAGAAAAAAAUGAAUAUGAUUUCAAAUAGUCGUGAUCAUUAUAGUAAAUAUAUGCCAUCAAAAGCUCCCUAAUGACGCAAAGUCAUUGUUAGAGGAGACGUACCCCAGUUUCAAAGCAUAAAAAAGCUAAAGCACCCCAGGCUAGCUAUUCCAACUCCCUGAUUUAAGUAUCUAAAUAUGUGUUUGACCUUGAUCGGUCCAAAAAGAACUAACCCACACUAACAGCAGCGGGCCAUUUUGUGAUGGGAUUCACUAACUUUUGAGCACAACUGUACAUAUAUGUACAUCUUUAUUGUGUUAAAACUUUGAAAUAAUUUAUUUUCUUACACUAAAGAGUCCCUAGUUUUCGACUUUACAGAAAACUUUUCCUUUUUUUUCAUACAAUUCAAGAAGACCAUAGAAGUUAUAGAGUUUAACAGAAAACAACAUUUUUGGGGAAAAGGGGGGAUUUAAUGAGCAAAAUAAAGCAAAGCAGAAAACAAAUCUUCACAAAGCAAAUACAUGCAUCAGCCCUAAAGUCUAAACCAAACUUGUUUGCAGUCAUUUAAUACUUUUAUGAAAUGAUAUCUCGAUUUGUAUUUUUUCAAACAGAAUUCUGCUCUUCAAAAUUGAUAUGCUGUAGGUAUUACAUGUCACUAAUGAAAAUACAGUUUGAAUUUUAGAACACUGCAGGGCACAGUAUGUGCUUUUAUAACCUAAUUUAACAUAUAUUUGAAUUAAACUUUCAAUGUUAUGCUCAUUUGCAUUUUCUCUAUUUCAGAUCCAACUUGUAAAUUGUAUCUGGAAUGGACUUGUCUUUAUUUCACACUAUUUAGGGACUUAAAUCUUUGCGCUGUACAAAGUGUUUGAAAUGAAAACCAUGAGAGAAUCUUUUUUAAGCCUAAAGAUGAGGUGUACAUAAAUUUGUGAAUAAAGUGUAGAUUUUGUUGGAACAAA